AGUCAGUGCAUCUUUCAAACUCGAUGACCCAAUUCUGCAGCAUUACUCACGCAUACAGUGCAUGACUCACUCCAAACAAAGACCGGGAACGGGGAAACUUUCCCAAAAAGGAAAACGCCGUUUGGGAUUUUUAGACACCUGUAGAUUAUUUGAUGGAGUUACUUAGAUUAUUUUUGCGGUAAUUAAAAGAUGGUUCAGUGUAUGCUCCAGUAAGAUGUGUGGCUCCGGAUCAUUCUCCGCGCGCUCGACAUGAAGAGAUUCAUCGGUGUGUCGCAGCUUUCCGCGUUCCUGCUCUACAUUCCUCUUCUUCAGGUUUCUACUAUUCUGGCCAAUUCCCACUCCAAAGUGAUGCUGUUCCCGGAGGCCUGGAGCCGCGGUCUGUGUCACUCCACGGAGCGGAUGGUGGAGGUGGAUCAGGAGUAUCCUGGAGGCGUGGAGCACAUAUACAGUCCCGGCUGCGUCCCAUUGCUGCGUUGCUCCGGCUGCUGCAACGACGAGAAGCUGACCUGCUUUCCCAUCCGCACGCGCAACAUCACCAUCCAGCUGUUGAGGAUCACUCCAGCGGAGCGGAGCAGGGAAUAUGUUCUUCUGUCCUUUCAGGAACACCGGAGCUGUGAGUGCAGGUAUGAUCCCGGUCCACUCCUCCGGCUCUUUAUCUAUUCAUCUAACUCACUUUUGUCUUUCAGGCCCAGACGACACCACUUGAGGAAUCAACACAAUCGGAGACGGAAGGGAAAGCCCAGGAGGAGACGGAGGGGAAGAAAACACCGGGAUUGAGACGCUGCCGGUGUCAGAUGUGACGAUCGCUGUGGCAAACAGGCACCUUCAUUUUCCUUCAUCAUCGUCAUCAUCAUCACACAAGCACUUCUGGACAUUAUGUGGACACAAUCUAUUUAUGCAUGUUUGGAUUGCCAUUAAGAAAUGUGUGUUACAAUAAACAUAAUCUGCCCAUCUGAAGGAGAUGACCAGAGUUCAUCAGGGAAUGUGAAAUACUGUACUUUGGUGUCGCUCACGUCACGAGUUCAACAGCCUGCAUUCUUUAUAAUAAAAUUGUAAAAAAAUAAAAAAUUAUUUUUAAAAAAAGCUUGAGUUAGUAAAUACAGUGCAUGUACGUGUCCCCAUCAAAUGUGUCUUAAUAUAUUUUAUAAAACAAUAAAAUCACAAUA